AAACAGCUCUUGUAUUCACAAAGACUUGCGCUUUCUGUCUGAAGAAACAAAGAAGAAGAAACGAAAAGUGGUGAAAAAUGGCAUUCGGAUUCGGAAAGAAGGAAGAAAGCGUACCUUCGACCUCUGCUGAGAUCAAGGCGAACCUGCAGCAGCAGGUGACGCAGGAGAUUCGCACUGCGCAGGCCGCUACUCUAAUCAGCAAGGUGACGAAGAGCUGCUAUGAUCUUUGCAUUGUGAAUCCUCAGUCUACUCUGACUGCUGCUGAUCAGGACUGCAUCAACAAAUGCGCGGGAAAAUACAUGCAGGCGUUCAACGUCGUGUCGAAGGAGUACGUCGGCCGGGUGCAGGCUGAGCGACACCGAGGGAAUAUCUAGAUUCUACAGUGGUAGGAAUAUCUAAUUGGGUUUAUGGGGAUUUAUGGGAAAGAGACGAUUGCAGAAUAGUGGAUGAUGGAAAAGAGAAGAAGGUUGUAUAUAGAAUUUGGUUUAUUUCGUGAGCUCAUGGCUGCGUGUAGUAUAAUGAAACUGAAGAGGUUAUUGUUAUAAAAUAGUAAAAAAGGCAAUGAAUAAGUACUAUCAUAGCAUAUUAUUGUUACUAACUGUAAGAAGUAGAGAAAGAUACAGCUGUUCAUAAUCAUAUCCAAG